AAUCCUUUCAUAAACCCUCAUUACAUAGUUCUUACCACGACGUUAAGAUCUGACAUAAUUCAGUUUUGGAAGAUAUUAAGAAGUUCAAUUCACAUCUCGAUAUGAAGACUGUAUUGGUUUUGAUACUGGUAUUGGCCGUGAGCCGCUUUGAAGCAAAACCUUUCCUUGGUCUAACACCCGAAAAAGAUACGGCGGACGCCAAUGUUAACACCAAUGAUGAUGAAAGUCUAUUGGAUCAGUUUGAAGAAGAUAUUCUUGCGAAGGAAUUUCCAAAAGUAGCUGAGAAAUAUAAAGACUACGUUAAGAAUGAUGCACCUGAGGAAGAUGCACCUGAGGAUAAAGCACCUGAGGAAGAUGCAUCUGAGGAUAAAGCACCUGAGGAAGAUGCACCUGAGGAUAAAGCACCUGAGGAAGAUGCACCUGAGGAUAAAGCACCUGAGGAAGAUGCACCUGAGGAAGAUGCACCUGAGGAUAAAGCACCUGAGGAAGAUGCAUCUGAGGGAGAUGCAUCUGAGGAAGAUGCAUCUGAGGAAGAUGCACCUGAGGAAGAUGAACCUGAGGAAGAUGAUCCUGAGGAAGAUGCAUCUGAGGAAGAUGCACCUGAGGAAGAUGAACCUGAGGAAGAUGCACCUGAGGAAGAUGCACCUGAGGAAGAUGCACCUGAGGAAGAUGAACCUGAGGAAGAUGCAUCUGAGGAAGAUGCAUCUGAGGAAGAUGAACCUGAGGAAGAUGCACCUAAAGUAGAUGCACCUAAAGUAGAUGCACCUGAGGAAGAUGAACCUAAAGAAACACCUGAGGAAGAUGAACCUAAAGUAGAUGCACCUAAAGUAGAUGCACCUGAGGAAGAUGCACCUGAGGAAGAUGAACCUAAAGAAACACCUGAGGAAGAUGAACCUAAAGUAGAUGCACCUAAAGUAGAUGCACCUGAGGAAGAUGAACCUAAAGAAACACCUGAGGAAGAUGAACCUAAAGUAGAUGCACCUAAAGUAGAUGCACCUGAGGAAGAUGCACCUGAGGAAGAUGAACCUAAAGAAACACCUGAGGAAGAUGAACCUAAAGUAGAUGCACCUAAAGUAGAUGCACCUGAGGAAGAUGAACCUGAGGAAGAUGAACCUGAAGAAACACCCGAGGAAGAUGCACCUAAAGUAGAUGCACCUGAGGAAGAUGAACCUGAGGAAGAUGAACCUGAAGAAACACCCAAGGAAGAUGCACCUAAAGUAGAUGCACCUGAGGAAGAUGAACCUAAAGAAGAAACACCUGAGGAAGAUGCAACUGAAUUGGAAGCAUCUAAAGAAGAUGAACCUAAAAUGGAUGCAUUUGAAAUGGAUGCACCUGAAAAAGAUGAAUCUGAAAUGGAUGCACCUGAAGAAGAUGAAUCUGAAAUGGAUGCAAAUGAAGAAGAUGAACCUAAAAUGGAUGCACCUGAGAUAGAAGAAACAUUUGAUGAAGACCUUGAACCUGGGGAAGAAUCUCAUGCUGAUGUUGAUUCAGACGAGGAAGAUGAAUUUAAGGAUGCUGAAUUGGAAAGUGAAUAUCCCAAUGAGGACGAGAAUACUGACGAUAAAGAAUCUGAUGUUGAGUCAGAUUACAACCCAGAAUUUGAAGACCCCAAAUUAGAAGAGGAAUUUCAAGCUUGGAGUAAAAGUGAUGAAAAUGAUGAAGCUCCUAAAUUUGAUGAAGAUGAUGUUGCUUCUGAAAGUGAUGAAGAUGAUGUUGCUCCUGAAAGUGAUGAAGUUGAUGUUGCUCCUGAAAAUGAUGAAGUUGGUGAUGAUAAUAAUGAUGAAGAGUUUGAAGGAAAGUUUGAAGAUGAUGAGUUGGCAAAAGAAUUGGAAAACAAUAAAGAUGAACAAAAUGAUGACGAGCCUUGGGAAGCCAAGAAUGCUGAAGAGACAUCUGAAGAUGAAACUCCUGCUGAUGUUAAUAAGGAGAAUGAUAGUGAUGAGAUGAAAAAAUUGGAUACCUUUCCAGAGAAAUCUGCUGAUGAUGCAGUAGAUGAGACAGCAGUGGAUGAUCAAUCCAACAUUGAUAAACCUGCUGAUGAAACAAGCAAAGAAGUAAGUCCUCUAGAAAAUGACGAGCAAGAAGACGACGACAACAACAAUUCUGAAUUUUCAGACUUGACGUCAGAGAAAUACACUAAAUGGCUGCCACGCUUGUUGUUUGAAAGACUUAGAGGACUAGGAACAAUUUUGGAAGAUAUUAAGAAGUUCAAUUCACAUCUCGAUAUGAAGACUGUAUUGGUUUUGAUACUGGUAUUGGCCGUGAGCCGCUUUGAGGCAAAACCUUUCCUUGGUCUCACACCCGAGAAAGAUACGGCGGACGCCAAUGUUAACACCAAUGAUGAUGAAAGUCUAUUGGAUCAGUUUGAAGAAGAUAUUCUUGCGAAGGAAUUUCCAAAAGUAGCUGAGAAAUAUAAAGACUACGUUAAGAAUGAUGCACCUGAGGAAGAUGCACCUGAGGAAGAUGCACCUGAGGAUAAAGCACCUGAGGGAGAUGCAUCUGAGGGAGAUGCAUCUGAGGAAGAUGCAUCUGAGGAAGAUGCACCUGAGGAAGAUGAACCUGAGGAAGAUGCAUCUGAGGAAGAUGAACCUGAGGAAGAUGAACCUGAGGAAGAUGAACCUGAGGAAGAUGCACCUGAGGAAGAUGCACCUGAGGAAGAUGCACCUGAGGAAGAUGAACCUGAGGAAGAUGCAUCUGAGGAAGAUGCAUCUGAGGAAGAUGAACCUGAGGAAGAUGCACCUAAAGUAGAUGCACCUAAAGUAGAUGCACCUGAGGAAGAUGAACCUAAAGAAACACCUGAGGAAGAUGAACCUAAAGUAGAUGCACCUAAAGUAGAUGCACCUGAGGAAGAUGAACCUGAGGAAGAUGAACCUGAAGAAACACCCGAGGAAGAUGCACCUAAAGUAGAUGCACCUGAGGAAGAUGAACCUGAGGAAGAUGAACCUGAAGAAACACCCAAGGAAGAUGUACCUAAAGUAGAUGCACCUGAGGAAGAUGAACCUAAAGAAGAAACACCUGAGGAAGAUGCAACUGAAUUGGAAGCAUCUAAAGAAGAUGAACCUAAAAUGGAUGCAUUUGAAAUGGAUGCACCUGAAAAAGAUGAAUCUGAAAUGGAUGCACCUGAAGAAGAUGAAUCUGAAAUGGAUGCAAAUGAAGAAGAUGAACCUAAAAUGGAUGCACCUGAGAUAGAAGAAACAUUUGAUGAAGACCUUGAACCUGGGGAAGAAUCUCAUGCUGAUGUUGAUUCAGACGAGGAAGAUGAAUUUAAGGAUGCUGAAUUGGAAAGUGAAUAUCCCAAUGAGGACGAGAAUACUGACGAUAAAGAAUCUGAUGUUGAGUCAGAUUACAACCCAGAAUUUGAAGACCCCAAAUUAGAAGAGGAAUUUCAAGCUUGGAGUAAAAGUGAUGAAAAUGAUGAAGCUCCUAAAUUUGAUGAAGAUGAUGUUGCUUCUGAAAGUGAUGAAGAUGAUGUUGCUCCUGAAAGUGAUGAAGUUGAUGUUGCUCCUGAAAAUGAUGAAGUUGGUGAUGAUAAUAAUGAUGAAGAGUUUGAAGGAAAGUUUGAAGAUGAUGAGUUGGCAAAAGAAUUGGAAAACAAUAAAGAUGAACAAAAUGAUGACGAGCCUUGGGAAGCCAAGAAUGCUGAAGAGACAUCUGAAGAUGAAACUCCUGCUGAUGUUAAUAAGGAGAAUGAUAGUGAUGAGAUGAAAAAAUUGGAUACCUUUCCAGAGAAAUCUGCUGAUGAUGCAGUAGAUGAGACAGCAGUGGAUGAUCAAUCCAACAUUGAUAAACCUGCUGAUGAAACAAGCAAAGAAGUAAGUCCUCUAGAAAAUGACGAGCAAGAAGACGACGACAACAACAAUUCUGAAUUUUCAGACUUGACGUCAGAGAAAUAGUCAUUUGAAGCUCUUGUGGAAAUUUCUGACCACAACAAAGCGAUCCUUCAUAAUUUUCAUUUUUGUUAGUAACUACUUUUGUAAUAAUGAAAUACAUCAUUUGAAUAAAAACAUUUUGGCAGUUUUAUGUUGUA